AUGGCAGCCUCCACCGACGGGGAGUCUCUCCCAUCUCUCCUCGACCUCAUCACCAAAGUUGACAACCUCCCCCUCAACUUCGCCACCAACCACGCCCCCUACUACAAGUUCCUCCUGCCGCCCGACCCCCGCCCGCACGGCUUCAUCCACCCCUCCACCGUCUCGCGCCUCCCCUGGCCUCCCGGUCUCUUCGCCGUCGACCACGCCGCCGCCCGGGUCAGCCUCGUCCCCGGCGGCGAUCCCAACUCUGCGCUGCAAGCCGCCGUCGACGCCGCCCUCGCCCUCGCCACCACUGACCCUACCGUCUUCCCCACGCUCAGCGGCGGCAUGCACAGCGAGCACUUUCGCAUCCCCGGCAUCCAAAGCACCCCGCCUCUCCGCGUCGAGCGCUUCGCCGCCUCGCUGUUCGGCAUCAACACCCGCGGCGCCCACCUGACCGCCUACGUGCGGGACCCGACCACCGCCGCCAUCACCCACCUCUGGGUCGCCCGCCGCGCCGCCGCCCUGCGCACCUUCCCCGGCAUGCUGGACAGCACCGUCGCCGGUGGCGUCAAGGCCGACGACGCCCCGCUCGACUGCGUCCUCGCCGAGGCCGAGGAGGAGGCGCGCCUGCCGCCCGAGGUCGUCAAGCCGCGGUUACGCGCCGCCGGCGUCGUCACCCUCGCGAACCGCAACCCGCGAACGGAGCUGGUCCACGGCGAGAUCUUGUACGUCUACGAUUUGGACCUGUCGCCGCCGCCGGGGGGCGCGGCAAGCGAGCUCGGGUUGGUGCCCCAGCCGGGCGACGACGACGAGGUGGACGAGUUCGUCCUGAUGGACUGGCAGGGGGUCCUGCGCCGCAUGCGCGCGGGCGAGUUCAAGCCCAACGUGUGCCCCGUCAUGAUCGACUUCUUCAUCCGCCACGGUCUGAUCACCCCCGAGACCGAGGAGCGCUACGUCGAGAUAUGCAACAGGUUACGUAGGAGGCUGCCCAUGCCCACCAACGCUCACGAGACAUGA